CACCCAGGAAGCGUUUGCUACGAGAAUCUCCGGGUGGAGGCAGCUCAGCGGACAGGCAAGUAGACGGUCUUUCUGCUCUUGCCCAUCACCAUGUCGGGCAGCUGGAGGGCGCUGCCUUUCCUCCUGGGCCUCCUCAGCCUGACCCAGGGGCAGACCUUCCACGCGGGGAAGUGCCCAGACCCGCCGGUCCAGGAGGCCUUUGAUGUCACCAAGUAUAUGGGGAAAUGGUACGAGAUUGAGAAGCUGCCAGCCUAUUUUGAGAAAGGCAACUGCAUCCAAGCAAAUUAUGCGCUGAAAGAAAAUGGAAGAGUUAAAGUGGUGAACAAAGAGCUUCUCUUGGACGGCACCGUUAACCAAAUUGAGGGAGAAGCCUUCCCAGCGGACUACAAUGAUCCAGCCAAGUUGCAAGUCAAGUUUAAUUGGUUAAUGCCUGCGUCCCCAUACUGGGUCAUCUCCACUGACUAUGAGAACUACACACUGGUGUACUCCUGCACUAAUUUCCUCCGGCUCUUCCACGUGGACUUUGCCUGGAUUAUGUCCAGAACUCGCCAGUUGCACCCAGAGACGGUGGACCACCUGAAGAACAUCCUCCGGUCCUACAAGAUCAACACUGCUCGCAUGAGGCCCACGGACCAGAUGAACUGCCCUCCUGACAUGUAG